GCUGCUCCUUUCGGUUUCCCUUCCCUCGCUCCUCCUUCCCCCCUUCCUCUCCCCUCCCUCCCUUUCGGUUCAAGGAGUUCGUGCAGCUGGGGCGGGUGGCUAAGCGCGUGAACUGGAUGCUCUGUGCUGAUGUGGGCAAAUUGAUAGCAACCCCACCCUUCCUCCUCCUCCUCCUCCUCCUCCUCCUCUUCCUCUUCCAACUCUCGAAGCCUGCCUGGUUCAGAACUCUUCCCCGACCAGCCGGGGAGAGUCCGAGGGAGGCCCAGGGCUUUGCCGUCUUGCCAGCUCCAGAGACCGCCGAGCGCGGCUUCCUCGCCAAGACCUGGGAUCUGCGCGGGAGGGGCUCUCUGCGCAUCCAGCCCACCUGCAGCAUCUUCCCUCGGCAGCUUUCCCUCUGUCACGAUGGAAAAACUGGCUGAUGCCAACUCGCAGUUUGCUCUGGAUCUUUUCCAAGAGUUGAAGGACCCAACGGGCAACGUUUUCUUUUCUCCGUUCAGCAUUUCCUCCGCCCUGGCCAUGGUCGCCUUGGGGGCCCGGGGUAACACAGCCUCGCAACUCCUGAAGACGCUUCAUUUUGAGGGAGUUGAAGACCUUCAUUCAUUAUUUCACAGGCUCAAUACUAAAAUUAACCGGAGCAAUGCACCUUAUAUAUUGAAACUUGCUAAUAGGUUGUAUGGAGAAAAAACGUUCAACUUUUUGUCUGACUUCUUGACGGGCACCAAGAAUAUGUAUGAAGCUGAAUUAUCCACAGUGGAUUUCUCAAGUGCUCCACAUGAGACAAAAAAGGAAAUUAACCAAUGGGUUGAACAGCAGACUGAAGGUGAAAUCCCUGAUUUGUUACCUGAAGGAUCCAUCAAUGAAAUGACUAAAUUGGUUUUGGUGAAUGCUGUCUACUUUAAAGGCAACUGGGAAAAUCCAUUUGAAGAAGAAGAUACUGAAGACAAGCCUUUUAGACUAAAUAAGAGAGAAAAGAAGACUGUGAGGAUGAUGUUUACGGUGGAGAAACUUCCUUUUCGUUAUAUCCCUGAGUGCAAGUGCCGUGUGCUGGAACUGCCAUACGAGGGAAAGGAUCUUAGCAUGAUAAUCCUCUUGCCUGAUAAAAUAGAGGAUAAUUCCACAGGACUGGAACAGCUGGAGCAUCAGCUUACUUUGGAAAAACUGCAAGAAUGGACCCAUCCAAUAGAUAUGACUUCCGACAUGUACAUUUAUGUACAUCUACCUAAAUUUCAGCUGGAAGAAAACUACGAUCUUAAAUCUUACUUCGAAGCCUUGGGGUUAAUAGAUAUGUUUGAACGUGGCAAGGCUAAUUUGUCUGGAAUGUCAGGAUCUCAGGAUCUCCAUGUCUCUAAAAUUGUUCACAGGUCAUUUCUGGAAGUCAAUGAAGUGGGCACUGAAGCACCUGCAGCUACUGCUCUUACAGAUGAUUGUCUGGAGUUGGAGCAGGAGUUUAAUGCUGACCAUCCUUUCCUAUUUUUUAUCCGUCAUAAUCCAACAAACACUAUACUCUUCCUUGGUAGAUUUGCUUCUCCAUCGUAAGUCAUAAAACCUCCAGUCUCCUAUAGAACACACAUUUCUCUGCCUGCUUUAUAUAGGUUUUAUGUCACACUUUGCUCUAAAGCCAUCUCUAAUCUAGGACAUUCAGAUGUAUUUGACUGGAGUUCCUUUAAUUUCCAACUACCGAGGAAUUCUGGGAAUUGUAGUUUGAGCUGUUUGGAACCUGUCAACUACUGUGCAUUAUAUUUGUAAAACAAAUAACACUUGAGUUACUGGAAUAAAAUUGACUUUCAUUCAAUGUAAUGUAAGAGACUUUGGUUCAGAUUCUUUGGUCCUGGAAAAUCAGUGACAGUAUAGAAUCCAGAAAUGACUUUUUUGUUCUUAAAAAUACAAAACAAUUUACCUUAUGAGGAAUUAUGAUACAGCUGUUCUUAUCAUUCAGCAAAUGCAGAAUUGUUCACAUAUGAAUCACCGGUGACCUCAAUUUACUAAUUUUCUGAUAUUUUUUGUCUGCAUUCUCUCUCCUCGGUAAAUCUGAACUAUAUAUUGUUGUCCAUCCUUCAGGCAUUGCUUUAUAUUGAAGGCAGGUGUGAAAUAAAGAAAUUCUAGUGACAUUUUCAAGGGGUGGUUUCUUCUAUAAUUCAGUUUAAUUCAUGUUACCCAGAUG